AUGGCGAGAACAAAACUUAAGUCGGUGCCUGGAGUGCCACACAGUGGGGAGUAUAACAGAAGUAGUGGGUGCCUGUGCAGGGACGAGGAGUGCCAGAAGAAGCACGAGGGCCUGCAUACCCAAGAGCUCAUGCCCAUCAGCGCUGAGAGGCUCGUCGACAACCCAGAGUAUAUUGGAAAUGGCAUCGUUCUUCCGUCCAAACCACAGGUCAAGGUCAUUCCCCGGGACAAGGUCAAAUUUGUGUCAGAGCUCGGUGAAGGCGCUUUCGGCCGCGUCUACCUCGGGGUCAUGGAAGAAGGUCGAGGGAAAGCUACUCAGGUCGCGGUCAAAACCUUAAAGAGCGUUGGUCCUGAAGCCCGAGUGGAGCUGGAGCGCGAAGUGGAGCUCUUGAGUAACCUCACCCACGCUAACAUCGUGAGCUUCUACGGUGUUUGUUACAGCUCAGAUUCCAUGCUGAUGGUGUUCGAAUAUAUGGAACACGGCGACCUGAACAACUACCUCAGAAGUCACAACGAGGACGUGGCUCUCCAGGCGGGCGAGGAAGCUUUAUCGGAACCUAUCUCUGUUAUGGAUUGCCUCCAGAUUGCCCUGCAGGUGGCGGCCGGCAUGAAGUAUCUUGCAUCGCAGCACUACGUCCAUCGUGACCUCGCCACAAGGAACUGCCUGGUAGGAGCUAACCUCGUGGUCAAAAUCGGUGACUUCGGGAUGUCCAGAGAUGUCUACACUACAGAUUAUUACCAGUUCGGUGGCAGGACGCUCCUCCCAGUGCGGUGGAUGCCUCCCGAGAGCAUCCUCUACAGGAGAUUCACCAUAGAGUCAGACAUCUGGAGUUUCGGUGUGGUUCUGUGGGAAAUAUUCACGGGAGGAAAGCAACCUUGGUACGGCUACAAUAACCAGGAGGUGAUUACUCAGAUCACCGGGUGCAAGGUGCUGAGCUGUCCCGACCGCUGCCCGCCCGACAUGUACCGAAUCAUGGUAUCGUGCUGGAGGCAGAAUCCCCAAGAACGGCCGUCCAUGGCUACCCUUUACGCUCAGAUCUGCAGUCUUAUUACUGUGGAACCGCAUGUGCUAGAUUAUGAUUAGGAUCUUUGGUGUGGGGUACGUAUGCUGGGCUGUGACUUGGGUAUUCAUCACUGUCAAACCACCUGUGUUGGUCUGUGUAAGAUUCACAUCACUGCAAGUCCUGAACUAAGACUGGAGUUUUUCUCCUUUGUAGAAUCACAUGGGCUUGUCGACGACUGAAAUUUUUAUUAUUAUGGAAAUACAUAUGCUGGACUAUGACCAUGGUUGCUAUAUGUUGUGGAAUCCAUUAUUUAGAGUGUGAGCAAGGACUUCACUACUGAGAAACUGCAAUCUUGGACUUUGCCCAAAGAUCGAGACGGUUUCAAAACGUUCUUGGAAUAUUAUCUCCAUUAAACUUCAAUGGUUUUUAAAGAACACAUUUACCGCAGGAAAAAAAAAGUGCUCUCCAUGAAAGACAGUGACAAAAAUACUCAAAUAACUAAAUGAACCAGCCGAGUGAAACAGGUCCGCGUGAAACAAAUCGGUAGUUGUCGGAUAGGAUUAUAUCUGUUCAUAAACACAGAUGAAACGUUUCCAUCACUCACCUUUUCAAAGCUUCGUUGAAAAUGGAGUGAAUUUACAAAAAAAAACAUUGACGAAACAAAGAACAAGUCUUAUGAUGGUGGCCAUAGCUGAACUCUGUUACGUGGUGCUGUAGUUUCGAAUAGAGGAACUGUAAUAUUAUUAAAGACAGAUGGAAAUGAAGGCCCAAUUAUAAGGUUUUAUUACGAAGUUGUUUGUACUUGGACUAGGCCGGCAAAAAAAAGAUAAUGAGUGUCGUGUGCUUCCUAAACUUAGCCUAAACUCAUUUACAAAAAUCAUCAAAUAUUGAUAUUGAGUUUUUGUAUCCAAAAAGUGAUUGUUGUUUUGAUGUAGAAAUUAAGAUAUAUAUUUGUAGAGGUUGGUGUUGAAAGGAUAUUUUCCUCAAGAAAGAAAAAAAUGUGAAUGAAAGCUGUCUUGGUAACUGUUAAGUAAAACUUCUUUUUGACCAUGCUAGCUACUUUGAGUUGAAAAGACUUAAAUCAUCCAAGAAAACACACACACAAAC